CGCAACCUCCACCUGUCGCUCACACACUCGAUCUCCAUCACCCGUGCCCUCGUAGAACGGCAAUUCCAGCCGCCAAACUACAAGCCGUUCAACAACCUCUCCCCGGUCGUGUCAGUGCAGCAGAAUUUCGAUUCCCUCGGGUUCCCCUCCGACUACCCGGGCCACAGCAGGACGGAUACGUACUACAUCAACCGUGAGACGGUGCUGCGCACACAUACGUCCGCGCACCAGGCGGCCAGCUUUUCUGCGGGCGAAGAGGGGUUUACCAUCAGCGCGGAUGUGUACCGGCGUGAUGCAAUCGACCGAACCCAUUACCCCGUGUUCCACCAGAUGGAGGGAGCGCGGAUGUGGUCGCGCAAGGACGGGGACGUGGCAAAGAUGGUCAGGGAGGAUAUCGAGCGGCUACCGAAGCAUAAUCUA